GCAGGCUCCGGGUGUAAUGUUCUCUCGCGGCCGUUAUACUUUUUUUUUUUUGCGCGGCGAGCGCGCCCGGCGGCGAGCUCACUGCGACGGCGUAACAACAAUCCGAUUAGCGCAGUUUUACUUUGGACGCGCGACCGGACGCUCCGCGGCUCCACUUUUUUCCCCUCUUUGCCUCGAUUCUGGUUGUUUGUGAGUUGUUGAUUAGUGAGUGAUAAGCCGUCGAUUGGAAUUCGGAAGGGGAAAAAGGAGGAUAAUCAAGGCAGCGUUCUUCGUAUAAAGUGAUAAGCACUUGUCGAAAUUAUGUGAUGGUCCGUAGUUAUAAAACCGAAUCUGUUGAUUGGUCGUGCAGAUAUAGAAGAAGAAGGUCUGCAUUUACCAAGAAAAGUUAUUACGCUGCAGAUCAAAUCGCUUACCACUCGUGGGACCCCGAUCCUGACCCUGAUCCGGUGUUCCAUUAUAGCCCGGAGUUUUUACAAAAAUACUAUGGAGCGCCAUAUGCGAGCAGCUAUGACAAGCCGCGAAUGGCGAACGUGGUGCCAUGGCUAAUGACGCUGUCGUUGCUGGGUUUCCGCGACUCAGUAGCGCCGGCUUCACCAAAUUUCCAGUUGUCGCAGGACCUCGAGGCACCGCUGCCACAACUAUCCACCGAUUUUGCUACGACAUCCAGCACGUCGUUCGACGAUCCCGAUUUUGGGCAAGAAGAACCGCCAGGACAUUCGAACUGCGACUAUCCGAAGAACCACAACUACGACAAUACGAUCGGCCAGCAAAAAAACACCGAGCGACCGCACGGCUUUCAGAUAGAUCCGAAUAAUUUCGUGCCUGCCAAUCAUCGACCGGAGAAUAAAAAGAGCGAGCGCAAUCUCGACUCCUUUCAAAACGACGCCAAUACCAACAAUAUCUUGCAACCGUCGCCCAAGGUCAAUCAAAAUCAGAGCGACAAGUACUUCAGUCCUGGGCACACGUUUAAACCGCCUAAGGACACUGGAUUCAAAGACGAGUAUGCUGGGCCUGCUAUGCAAUUGGCAUAUUAUUGGAAGACGGUUGAUUACGAAUUUGACAGCGAAGAGGAUAGAAAGAGCUUGAUUUAUAGUGGCAGCUUCGUGCCCGAGAAUAACUUGCCACUCGGUCUUGAAAUUUGGAAGGACAAGAUUUUCAUCAGCUUGCCGAGAUGGAAGAAGGGCAUACCAGCGACAUUGGCUACUAUAUCGACUGGAAGCUUGGACAGGAGUCCAAAGUUGAAACCCUAUCCGGAUUGGAGAUGGCACCAUUUAGGCAAUUGUCAAGGUUUAACUUCGGUCUUCAGGAUGCAAAUCGACGAAUGCGAUCGACUGUGGGUCUUGGAUUCCGGUAAAAUCGACAUUACAAGCGAUCCAAAGCAAAUCUGUCCGCCGACAAUCUUCAUCUUCGAUUUAUAUACCGACCAGCUAAUCAAAGCCUACCAAUUACCACCCGAUCAGAUCAAAGAGGACUCGCUCUAUUCGAACAUCGUUGUUGACAUAAGAAACAAUCAGUGCGACCGUGCGGUCGCUUACGCGGCCGACGUUUGGCGUUUCGGUCUCAUCGUGUACGACUUAUUCAAUGACAGCUCGUUCCGCGUGCAGCAUCACUUCUUCUUUCCCGACCCGCUGGCCUCGAGAUUCAACUUACACGGCUUGGAAUUCCAUUGGACCGACGGUUUAUUCGGCCUAGCGUUAACGCCCGUCGACGUCAACUAUGAGAAAACCAUGUUUUUCCAUCCGAUGUCGAGUUUCCGCGAGUUCGCUGUGCCGCUCUCGGCGAUCCGAGACAAGCGCACUGCCGACAACAGUGCCGACAAAUUCGUACCGGUAGGCAAACCCCGAGCCAAGGACUACGGACACUCGUCGGGCUCGACCAUCGACAAAAACGGGGUGAUGUUCUUCAACAUGGUGACGAGAGAUUCGGUCUGGUGCUGGGAUACGAGAAAAGAGUACGUACCGCAGAAUCUCGGUGUCAUCGGCACGAGUAACGUGUCCCUCGUCUUUCCCAACGACAUCAGAAUGGACCACGAGGACGAUCAAAACGUGUGGAUAUUGUCGAACAAGUUACCGAUGUACCUCUACGAGUACUUGAACAAGGACGAGGUGAAUUUCCGAAUUUUGAAGGCCAACGCCAGGGAGGCUGUUAAGAAUACCGUUUGCGAUCCGAAUUACAUGGUGCCCGUUUACGAAGCAGGCAUCGAUGUCACUUGCUGAAGCUUAUUGGAGGGUGCGAGUUGAUAUUAGGCGUGUGUUUCGUAGAGAUAAGUUUUCAUUGUUCUUUUUCUUUUGUACACAGAAUCAAACAUUUAUUUAUGUAUAAGUAUGUAAACGGACGGUUUUGCGAGCAGUGGCCAUUUAAUUAAUGUAGAUAUCGACACAUGGAAGUAUGCGAAGAAGCA